ACCAUGGAUGGCCAUAAAGGACACAAUACAGUAUCAGGUGCAGCAGAAAGAGCUGAAAAACAGAAUCAGUUAGUGGAGACCCAGAGAAAAUUCCAGCAGAAAAUCCAGGAAAAAGAGAAGGAACUUCAAGAGCUAAAGAAAGCUGUGGAAUCACACAUGAGCUCUGUUCAGGCUGCAGUGAAGAACUGUGAGAAGAUCUUUACUGAGCUGAUCUGCUCUAUUGAGAGAAAGCGCACUGAGCUAUCAGAGCUGAUCAGAGCUCAGGAGAAGGCAGCAGUGACUCGAGCAGAAGAAGCCCUGAAGAGAUUAGAGCAGGAGAUUGAAGAGCUGAGGAGGAGAGACGCUGACCUGGAACAGCUUUCACACACUGAGGACCACAUCCAUUUUCUCCAGUGAAGGAAAUAAUGAUUGUUCCCCUUCCUGAACCCCAAAGCAGAGAAGAAUUUCUUGAGU